CUCGUCUUAAUAAUCUCUUAGUUUUUCAACUAUUUUAAUGAAAAUUCUUAAUAAUUCACUUAUUAAAAAGAUACAGAAAGAUUUGGCAAUUAAAUACUACUUAGCGUAUUUUCGAAAGUAUCUAGUACUCUCAGCUAGACGGAAGCAAUUCACACAUUUUUGAGAUCCAAGAAGGCCUGGGAUGUUUGUAAAAUUCGACCUGGUCAGGGGGGUACAGUACUUCAAUCAUUCUACUUCGUGAACUCAUACAGUCAACAUCAAAAAUAAAAUAAAAAUAUUACUUCUGAAAAUCAAAAAAGAGAAAAACAAAAGUGAGAACAUGUUGACUGUUAAAUUGAUCAUCAAUCCGGAAAGCAAUUGGUUUUAAAGCUCCCAAUCUCAGCUACCGUACACGAGCUAAAGAUAGAGCUUCAGAGUCUUCUCGAUAUUCAGGCGGAAACAUUGGAGAUUUCUGCUUCUGAUGUAACGUGUGACGAUUCAGAUCUUUUAAUAGAAGUUGCUGGUCUAGGCAACAAGAAACAAAUUAAGCCGGUUGUGUCUUGCUAUGAAGGCAACAAUUUUGUGUGCUUGAUUUUCUCUUCAAGCCGAGGAUAUUGCGGUUCCAUUGGUCGAUAAUUCGAUGUCAGACCCAAGUAUUGACGUUGUGUCGCUCGAAGGAAGUGAAUCUUCCGGCAGUGAGCUAUCCUCGGGAUCUAGUUGCGAAUCCGUCGAGCCAUCCACUGUUGAUUGCAAGCGAGAUAUUAAACGAAAAGCCCAAGGACAUGAAAUAACCAUAGAGACUAAACGGUUCAAAAGGGUUCUCAAAUCGAGUGAGGAGAGUCUAGAAAGCCCCUCGUAUGGAUUUAUGGAGGAGGCAUGCGGUAUGGGAGGCUGCGGGAUUAAGUCCCGACCACGCCCGGUUAAAUCUGAGAUGGAAAUGGAACCAGAUGUUAUGAAUGGUCAGCGGCCCCCGUACGUUAACAUUCUCCCAGAGAACAGGACGUUUGUUGUGGUUAUAUCUUCCUCAGAAUGCGACAAAAACUUUUGCGAUCUGUUGGAAGAGUUCUUUGGGAUUUUUUUGGACUUCAGAAACGUUAGCUGCUUGGAGUUUAAUGAGGUCACUCCGGUGACCGAAUACAAUGGGCGGCUCUACAUCGCAUCGGCCAAUGUAUGCGCUUCCUACACCUGACACCGGCCAGAGUUACGUGGCCAAAGGUCGAGGACUGUUUGCUGAAAAUUUUGACGCUCCUGAAACUGCAGAAUGCUGAUAUUACGAAGGAGAAGUGGGCUGUGGUGAGCCGCGAAGAUGCACCCCCUAUAGUGACGGAUAUUUGUCCCAAUGAACAGGUUGGGAUCUGGAUGGAUGCGGACAGUGUGGAUAUCAUUAAGGAGAGAUGCAACCGCCUUAAACUAUCUUUUUGGACGAUCGAAUUUGAGUUUUGCGAUUAGAUGACGGUUAUAUAUUU